UCUUCGCGGGCGUAACCAGUUCGAGAGAGAGACAGCGGUUUCGAAGCUUCUUCACACUCAGAUCACGAUAAUCUGUUCAUCUUCUCUCUCUCUCUCCUCCGAAAAAGCGAGAAAUUAAGACUUCAUGGCCGAUAAUUACAGCGUUGAAGCUGCAGAAUUACUUGCAAACGAGGCACUGCAUUUACCAAUUUUGGAGGCAGUUCCAAUAUAUGAGCAACUCUUGGCCACAUUCCCGACUGCGGCUAAAUACUGGAAGCAAUAUGUGGAGGCACACAUGGCUGUGAAUAAUGACGAUGCUACAAAACAACUCUUUAGUAGGUGUCUAUUGAACUGUUUGCAAAUUCCUCUUUGGCGGUGCUAUAUCCGUUUCAUCAGGAAAGUCAAUGAGAAGAAGGGGGUAGAGGGUCAGGAAGAGACUAGGAAAGCUUUUGAUUUCAUGCUUAGCUAUGUUGGAGCAGACAUUGCAUCGGGGCCUGUAUGGAUGGAGUACAUUACCUUUUUAAAGUCCAUGCCGGCUCAAAGCACACAAGAAGAGUCGCAGCGAAUGACUGCUGUGAGGAAAGCAUAUCAAAAAGCUAUUGUUACUCCUACCCAUCAUGUUGAACAGCUUUGGAAGGACUAUGAAAAUUUUGAAAAUUCUGUCAGCCGUGCCCUGGCAAAAGGAUUAGUAUCCGAAUAUCAACCAAAAUAUAACAGCGCAAGGGCCGUCUAUAGGGAACAGAAGAAAUAUGUUGAUGAAAUUGAUUGGAAUAUGCUUGCUGUGCCACCAUCUGGUUCUUAUAAGGAGGAACUGCAGUGGAUGGCGUGGAAAAGAUUUCUAGCAUUCGAAAAAGGAAACCCUCAAAGAAUAGAUAGUACUUCAGCCAACAAACGAAUUGCUUUCACAUAUGAGCAGUGCCUCAUGUAUUUAUAUCAUUAUCCGGAUAUAUGGUACGACUAUGCUACAUGGCAUGCAAAAAGUGGUGCAGUAGACUCUGCUAUCAAAGUAUUUCAACGAGCUCUGAAGGCUCUUCCGGAUUCAGAAAUGCUAAAGUAUGCUUAUGCGGAGCUGGAGGAAUCCCGUGGAGCAAUUCAGCCUGCAAAGAAAGUCUAUGAAAGCCUUUUAGGGGAUGGCGUCAAUGCAACAGCACUGUCACAUAUACAAUAUAUUCGCUUUCUAAGAAGAACUGAAGGAGUAGAAGCAGCUCGCAAGUACUUUCUUGAUGCACGUAAAUCUCCGAACUGCACUUACCAUGUUUUCGUAGCUUAUGCCAUGAUGGCCUUUUGUCUUGACAAAGAUCCAAAGGUUGCACACAAUGUUUUUGAAGUAGGGUUGAAACGCUUUAUGCACGAACCUGGAUACAUACUUGAAUAUGCAGAUUUCUUGUCUCGUUUGAAUGAUGACAGAAAUAUCAGGGCAUUAUUUGAACGGGCGUUGAGCUCACUCCCACCCGAGGAAUCUGUGGAGGUUUGGAAAAGGUUCACCCAGUUUGAGCAAACUUAUGGAGAUCUUGCUAGCAUGUUGAAGGUUGAGCAAAGAAGGAAAGAAGCGCUUUCCAGAACAGGGGAAGAGAGUCAAUCAGCUUUAGAGAGUUCACUACAAGAUGUUGUAUCACGUUAUAGUUUCAUGGAUCUUUGGCCUUGCUCUUCUAAGGAUUUGGAUCAUUUGGCACGGCAAGAGUGGCUUUCUAAAAACGUCAAUAAGAAGACCGAGAAAUCUGCUCUGGCAAAUGGAGCUGUUUUUGUAGAUAGGGGCUCUUCAGGACUGACAACCAAUUCAAAUCAAUCUGCAAAAGUGGUUUAUCCAGAUACUUCGAGAAUGGUUAUUUACGAUCCAAGGCAGAAGGCUGGCCCGUCUGCACCUGGACUUCCAGCUGUUUCAAGCACGUUGACUGCUUCAAGUGUUGUGUUAACUGGUGGUGGAACACCCAAUACUCCCAAUGAAUUUUUGAAAGCAACACCGCCUGCUUUGUUAGCAUUUAUAGCAAAUUUGCCUGCUGUAGAGGGUCCAGCACCAGACAUUGAUUUUGUAUUAUCAAUAUGCCUGCAAAGCAACAUACCAACAGGGCAAACUGGAAAAUCAGUGAAUCCUUCAACACAAUUGCAGACUGGUCCUGCCCCAAGUACAAGUGACCUUUCUGGAUCAAGCAAACCUCAUCCUGUUCCAAGUGGUUCAUCUUUCAAAACAACAAGAGACAGGAAAAGAAGAGAUGCAGACAGGCAAGAUGAUGAAACUGCGACCGUCCAAAGCCAGCCACUCCCAAGAGAUGUUUUUAGGAUACGCCAAUUACAAAAGGCUCGAGGUGCUGCUUCACAAACUGGAUCAACAUCAUAUGGAAGUGCAUUUUCUGGGGAGCUCUCUGGUAGCACUGGCUGAUGUACUUUGUAUUCCUAUGUAUGUUUAUUGGUCUUUUUAAAUAUUUUUUUUCUUGUAAAUUAAUUAUUUUUUCCUUGAAUGCUAAUGUAAAACUAGAUUUUUUUUUUUCAUUUGUAAUGUAGCACACCCUACCACAAGUGUUUUAGCCCCAGUGGUAGGCAGAUUCUUGUUGUACAACCCAUCAUAAGUUUCUUAACAAGAACCGAAACUCUAUAUCCACUAUUUGAUCUCGUAGAAGCUCAAUUUUUUAUUGAUAGGACCUUGGAUCUGGGUAUUUGCAAGAAUGGUAAUUGUCAAAAUAAUUAUUUGUAAAAA